GCCUGCGCCAGCGGAGCAGCUCCUGGGGCAGCAGCCGCUCGGGCUCCCGCUCCCGCUCGCGGACCCGGCCGGGCCGCAGCCGGACCCCGUCUCCGCACUCCCGGCAGAACACCUCCAGAGAGAAAGAUAGCGAGGGCCGAAGUCAUCACACGGACACCGAGAGCCGAGCUCGCCGGCGGUCCAGAAGCUACUCCCCCAUCAGGAAGAGGAGGCGCGACUCGCCCAGUUUUAUGGAGCCACGGAGGAUCACGAGCGCUCGCAAAAGGCCCAUCCCUUACUACAGGCCCAGCCCCUCCUCGCCCAGCUCCCUGAGCAGUUACUCCACCUCCACUCGGAGCCGGAGCCGCAGCUACAGCAGCUACAGCAGCUACAGCCGCAGCCGGACUCCCAGCCGCAGCCGGAGCAGGUCGAGGAGCCCGAGCCGGAACCACAGCUGCUCCAGCCGGAGCAGCUCGGAGAGCCACGGGUUCUAGGGAGGCCAUCCCUAGGCAGGAGGCUCGGGCAGCCCCAGCGGCAGUCCAGCCCACGGGUCAGUCCCUGGGUUCUCCGAGGAUCCCUCCCCCCACCGGCCGCUCUCUCUCAAUUUCACGCGGGGCAGGUGCUCCCGACGGGGUCCCCUGAACAAACCCGGAGGUACGGGGUUUGCUUUAUUCUGGGUCCGCACACUGGUGAUUGUACAGUAGUAUGUCCUGUGAACUGGGCCUCCCAAAAAGCAUUUCAGUCCGACACUGCAUUACAUUGGAUACAUUUAUUCUUUAUUAUGGUUUAAAAUAAAAUGUAAUAACUUUAUUUUAGCUGAAUAAUUUGAUUUAAACUGGCUAACAAUGAGUGGAUAGAAGAGCUUGCUCAGCGUGUUCUGGGCGUCUACAGAAGUGAAUAACACCAGUGGUUUUCAAACAGCAGGUAGUCAGCUAUCCCAGAACUCUGCUAGGAAGUGUGAUGUGCUGGACUGUGUUAUAUUAUCCACAGGCAGAUGCUAUUCAGGUCCACUCAAUCACAGAAAAAAAUCAUUUUUUUUAUAAAAUCACAGAGUCUGUUUUCAACCCUAACAGUUAGGGUCCCUUUCCCCUGUUAGCGAACCACACAGAAGUAAGAAGUCUGUUAUAUUUUUAACCCCAGAGUGUUCAUAAGAUUUCAAGCAUUUGGAGUUAUGGUAGGUAAGAUUAAUUAAUCUUAGAAGUGAUUAUUGCAACCUGCUAUUUUGUUUUUCAGAAAUGCAUGUUGGGACAUUUUGUCUGUUUUUGUUUUUUAUUGUAGACAAGUUUGGAAGUCAUCAACAUAUUUAAACAGACUGUGUAAAAGAGGAUAACAUAAUGGGAACACUGGGAAACAUAAGAAAAUUAAUGCUAUGAAUCCAACAUUAGUAUGUUUGCCUUCUGUACUAUGGCAACUGGCAUACAACUACACAAGCUGAGCAUUUAACACUGUGUACCUGGUUAUUUUAGCCUUGUGCACAUGCAUGUACAUUCCCAUGCAUGUGCAUAAGUUGUAGGUCUGUCAAGGGUUUGAAGCAAUGGAGAGUUACGUUUAUACUUAACUCAGAAUGUUAGUUAUUCACAAAGCUGUAAAAUUAAUUUUCUGAUUGUUUUUACCUGGAAGUGCUUAUGACUUUCAACCUAAAGAUUGUAAAGGUCCCUCAGUUUGCAGAGUGUAUGAGGUAACACUAACCAGCCAUCACACAAAAAAAAGCCAACCUUAGUGUUAUACUAUAUUUAAAAUAUUUCCACACCUAUUUUUUAUACGUUAAUGUAUCUAAAAAUCAACUUGUAGCACAUAGAAUGAACACGUAUUGCCCUGUAUUUUGUGACUUUGUGGGAAAAAAAUAAUUAUUGGUUGCAAAGAAAAUUAAAAACACAAUUACUGGGUCACUAGACAAAAAAACUCCAAUGUAAAUGAACAAGGACUGUUGAAAAAAGCCAGCAAGCUUGUGCGCCUGUCUGAACUUCUCUCUGUACAUGUGGCCGGAGAGUAGGUAAACAGUUACAUCGUCGUGCAGCUGCAGUCACAAAAAAGUGACUCUGCCAAGGAUGGAGAGCUGCGAGGGGUUAAAUUCUCAGAACAAUGUCAAAGAAGCGUGUGCUGGAACUCCUGAAGGGGUCAACUCGGGCUCGAACCAGGAGACAUGGCAGCCGAAGACUCGAUGGAAUUAAAAUCCUCACCCCACCCUAUCUCGUUCAAACACCGCCCAGCAGCUUUGCAAAGUACCUACAAGACUUGUUUUUUUUUAAUUAUUUUUUUUUUCCCUACGGAAUUCUCCGGUUAAAAAAAAUUGUGUCAAUGUGUUCUUCCUCUCCUAUUCCCUCGUCAUCCUUUUUCUUAAGAGCCAGAAUCAACAAAGAGAAAAAAAGGGGGCAGUGCAGUAGACUUACAGGCUGUGGCAUUCAACUGUCAGGCUAACCUGUUGGAAGGAAGUAGACUGGGGAGUUCUCUCGUAUUCAGAUCGAGCAACUCUUUAAGGAGCCUAAGGAACAAAACACAGGGUUGUUGCCUUUAUAACAAAACUGGAGCAACAUGCUGCUGUUCUCAUUCUUGAGAGCAAAUAUGAGCAAUGUCUCUUUCAGGCCUGUAUCAGAUGAAGAGCUUGAUCGCAAUCAGGGUGGAUGGGUGUUGAAACACCAGGGUUCAUUCGGGUUUUUUCAAGCUCUGGCUCCACUGAGCUUUCAUCCUCCUGUCGCAAUGACUUUGACUUUUUUUUUUCUUUUGUUUAAUUUAUGUGCUGUUCAAAUUUUCCAGGACGCAGGCCCAGCACGGUGCUCUCUCUCCUCAAAGUCUCAACUAGUUAGAAAGGAGGCACUGCCCUCUUCCACAGAAAUUCUUCCAUGUAGCAAGAGGAACCAAAAACAAAUUGGUUUACUUCCAAGUGGGAGUGUUUUGAGGACUAAAAAGAGAAGCAACAAAUGACAUCCGCAACACAAAAAAAAACAGGUCACAGACUGUCAUUGACUUCAUUUUUUUAAUGACCAGUUUUUAUGUUUCCAAACAGAACAAACAGAAACAAGAAACAAAAAAAGCAAAUCUGCUUACUUGAUACUGAUGAUGCAAAAUGGAGUAAAGUGAUGAUGAUGAUGAUGAUGACAACGACGAUGACUAUGUUGAUGAUAAUGAGCGGGUUUAUUUUCCGUGUAUGAUGUAUUUAUUUAUACAUGUAUGAUGUAUGUUUGGAGGUUUUUACAGUUCGAAUGCUGUAUUCCGACUGUAAACUAUGCACUGUAUAUACCAUAUUAUUUAAGAGGUUUAUCUUUUGUGAAUACUUAGCAUGUUGCAACCCAGAAGUUUGCGACUAAGAAGUCAAGCGUCUAGCAUUCAUUCUGUGGGAGAUCUAACUUUUUAUUGAUGUUUGCAGCGCUUUUCUAACUUCAGAUCCUCUUUUUAAAAGUGCACAGCUAUUUAUUUUAUUAUUAUUAUUAUUAUUAUUUUUAUCAUAUUAUUUAUUGAAUGACGUUUGAUAUUGUUUGCCAGGAAUGACCCCAAUGUCAUGGUCUGUCUCACUUGGAGUACUGUGGAUCCUGCUGGAUAUUGUGUACUGUAUGUUUCCUCCAAAUACUUCUUGUGAAUAGUUGUUAUGGAAAAUGAAGAUGGACCACACUCCUUGGUGUGUAACUAUCAUUUUACCAAAGUGUACCAUUUGGAAUAUAUUUAUUUAUUUAUGUAUUUAUUUGUCUAGCAAUCACUGAGUUUGAAGAUAAGCAGAACAUCAUGCGACUUCCAUGUUUUGAAAAUAGCCCAUGGAAAAUUCAUAAAUUCAGUAUUCCUUAAUAAAAUGUGUAAAAUAAAGGUCCUAAAUUAAGCCCUUUACUGGGUACCUUAAAAACACAGCUUCUUAGCUUUGGUUUCAUACAAUUAAAAUAGUUUUUUUUUUUAGUAUUUCUAGAGACAGACAACACCCACAACUAAGUGCCUUUGCUUAGUUAAGCAAAGGGAUUCCUGUGUUCUUUGGCAUUAAUCCACCGGAAUGACGCACGACAGCUUGGCCAAUGAGCAUCAGGUAUUAACCAACCCCCCCCAUGUGGAGCAAGAGAGAGAUAGGGACCUGCUGUAGCAGCAGUGAUGGCAGGGGUUCUUAUUCCUGUCCUGGGAGCCCGUAAACUCAAACCAAUCUCUUCCUUACUGUACACAGUUAAACCCUCAAUUGAUUUAAUUCAAUUUUUUUUCAAUUUGCUAAGCACUUCAUCCAAUUGAGGGUCGCAGGGGAGACAGAGCCUAUC